GGGGCGGGGGGCGGGCGAGGGAGCGGGCGGAGGAGGAAGUGUCAUGGCGUCGGGCCGUGGAGCCUCUUCUCGCUGGUUCUUUACUCGGGAGCAGCUGGAGAACACGCCGAGCCGCCGCUGCGGAGUGGAGGCGGAUAAAGAGCUCUCGUACCGCCAGCAGGCGGCCAACCUCAUCCAGGAAAUGGGACAGCGUCUCAAUGUCUCUCAACUUACCAUAAACACCGCGAUUGUUUAUAUGCACAGGUUUUAUAUGCAUCAUUCUUUCACCAAAUUCAGUCGAAAUAUAAUAUCACCUACUGCAUUAUUUUUGGCUGCAAAAGUAGAAGAACAAGCUCGAAAACUUGAACAUGUUAUCAAAGUAGCACAUGCUUGUCUUCAUCCCCUCGAGCCACUGCUGGAUACUAAAUGUGAGGCUUACCUUCAGCAGACACAAGAACUGGUUUUACUUGAAACCAUAAUGCUACAAACACUAGGUUUUGAGAUCACCAUUGAACACCCACACACAGAUGUGGUGAAAUGUACCCAGUUAGUAAGAGCAAGCAAGGAUUUGGCACAGACAUCCUAUUUCAUGGCUACCAACAGUCUGCAUCUUACAACCUUCUGUCUUCAGUACAAACCAACAGUGAUAGCAUGUGUGUGCAUUCAUUUGGCUUGCAAAUGGUCCAAUUGGGAGAUUCCUGUGUCAACUGAUGGAAAGCAUUGGUGGGAAUAUGUGGAUCCUACUGUCACUCUGGAAUUACUAGAUGAGCUAACACAUGAGUUUCUACAAAUAUUGGAGAAAACGCCUAGUAGAUUGAAGAAGAUUCGAAACUGGAGGGCUGAUCAGGCGGCCAAGAAACCAAAAGUAGAUGGACAAGUAUCAGAGAGACCGCUUCUCAGUUCAUCUUUGGUCCAGAAUUCCAUGUUAGUAGAUAGUGUCACUGGUGUGCCUACCAACCCAACUUUCCAGAAACCAUCUACAUCAGCAUUCCCUGCUCCAGUACCUCUAAAUUCAGGAAAUAUUUCUGUUCAAGACAGCCAUACAUCUGAUAAUUUGUCAGUGCUAGCAACAGGAAUGCCAGGUACCUCAUACAGUUUGUCAUCACACCAAGAAUGGCCUCAGCACCAGGAAUCCACAAGAACAGAACAACUCUAUUCACAAAAACAGGAGACAUCUUUGUCUGGUAGCCAGUACAACGUCAACUUCCAGCAGGGACCUACUGUAUCACUACAUUCAGGAUUACAUCACAGACCUGACAAAAUUUCUGAUCAUUCUUCCGUUAAGCAAGAAUAUUCUCAUAAAGCAGGGAGUAGUAAACACCAUGGGCCAAUUUCUGCCACUCCUGGAAUAAUCCCUCAGAAAAUGUCAUUAGAUAAAUACAGAGAAAAACGUAAGCUAGAAACUCUUGAUCUUGAUGUAAGGGAUCAUUAUAUAGCUUCCCAGGUAGAACAGCAGCACAAACAUGGACAGUCCCAGGCAGCCAGCAGCAGUUCUGUAACUUCUCCCAUUAAAAUGAAAAUUCCUAUCACAAAUACUGAAAAGCCUGAAAAAUACAUGGCAGAUAAAAAGGAGAAGAGUGGCUCGCUGAAAUUACGGAUUCCAAUACCACCCACUGAUAAAGGAACAAGUAAAGAAGAACUAAAGAUGAAGAUAAAAGUCUCAUCUUCUGAAAGGCACAGCUCUUCUGAUGAAGGCAGUGGGAAGAGCAAGCAUUCAAGCCCACAUGUUAGCCGAGACCAUAAGGAGAAGCACAAGGAGCACCCUUCCAACCGCCACCAUGUCAGCAGUCACAAGCAUUCCCAUUCCCACAGUGGCAGCAGCAGCAGUGGGGGCAGCAAACACAGUGCUGAUGGAAUUGCACCCACCGUUUUGAGGAGUCCUAUUGGCCUGAGCAGUGAUGGCUAUUCUUCUAGUUCCAGUUCUUCAAGGAAGAAGCUGCAUAUCAAUGAUGCAUCUCACAACCAUCACUCCAAAAUGAGCAAAAGUUCCAAAAGUUCAGGUAGUUCAUCUAGUUCUUCCUCCUCUGUUAAGCAGUAUAUGUCCUCUCACAACUCUGUUUUUAACCAUCCCUUACCCCCUCCUCCCCCUGUCACAUACCAGGUGGGCUACGGACAUCUCAGCACGCUCGUGAAACUGGACAAGAAGCCAGUGGAGACCCACGGUCCUGAUGGCAAUCACGAGUACAGUACAAACAGCCAGCAUAUGGACUACAAAGAUACAUUCGACAUGCUGGACUCGCUGCUAAGUGCCCAAGGAAUGAACAUGUAAUCAUUUGUUUAGGUCACUUUUUCUUUACUUUUUUUAAUUUAAAAAUUGUUGGAAUGGAAAAAUUCCUCCUGAUCUAGCAGUGGUAACACCUGCUGUUUCUGCCACUGCUUCAAUAUUUGUAAGUGCUGCUUUAUUCUUCAUUCUGAAAAGAAGAGAUUAUAGUAAACAAGUUUUUAUCUCCACAUAAUGAUAGUGUUAUAAAUACUGCAAAAGCAUGGAAGGUGCAAAACUCAAUAUUUCUACAGUUGCAGCUGAGAACAUUAGGAUGAAUGGCUGGCUGCUUCUAGGAAUAUAAGCUGCCUCAAGCAUUUGUUAUUUAUAAUUUGAAUACUGUAUAGCUAUUUUUUGUUGUUGCUUGGCUUUUGAAUGAGUGUAAAUUGUUUUUCUUUUGUGUAUUUAUAUUUGUAUGUAUGAUUUGCAUGUUUCAAUGAUAAAGGGAUAAAACAGUAUACUGACAACUGUUUACAAGAAAGUGGAGAAAAAUGUACAUACAUUUUUGUAUGUUUAGAUAUUACCAUAAAUACUCAGGAUUGGAGCUGCUUGUAAGUAUAACAAUAUACAGAAUAACUUUAUUUUCUCUUGUCAGAGUCCAUCACUAAUCUAAAACAAAGGUGGCACUUUUUUAUGUUAACCUUAUACUCUAGGCCUUACCGGAAGCCACUGAAGGUGGACACUUCACUACCGGAUGGGUGUACAGUGCCAAGCAUGGGAUGGUUAGUUACACUCUGAGGCAUGAAACUUUUGCCUUCAGAGGUUCUGACCAGAUUGGCCACUGAAAUAACCCCUAAUUUUCUGAAGGCUUGAAGAGGAAAAAAAGUUUACAUACUCUUGAUGUGAAGUGCAUUUAAAUGUUUGUUGGCUUGUUGCAGUACUAUAAAACAGAGCUGUUAAUAAUGGUUGUGUGAAUUACUGUGAUUUGAAAACUAAAUUCACAAAGAUUUAUUUACAUAGUGAAGAGUUAGUUUUUUUCUUAAAGAACUUUAACACUACAUAUUUUAUUACCAGUGAACAGGGAUCACUUUUCCUUUAACAUUCAGAAUGACACCAUAUUCUUAAAUAUAUUCCUCUCUUGAAGUGUGUUUGUGUGUGAUGCCAUAUUUUUCAGGUAAAUGCAGUCUUCCAUACAAAAAUGAAAUUAAACCUAUGCUCUCUCAGUUCUUUUAUAUUCUAACAAUAAAUAAAAAGAAAAGAUCACUGUGCAUUGUACCUGUAUUUGUAGCUUAAUGUUAUUAUCAGGAAGCUCUGUUAAAAAUGAUCAGCCUCCAGACAAACCGCUGGUGGAGGUUUUACAUUUGUUUGCACAUCUCAGAAUAUUCCUGUUGAUGUAAAGUUUGCACAGUCAUCUGACUUCUGAUCAAACUAUAGAUGUGUUUAAAUUUGGCUUAAGCAAACCAGUAACACAGCUCUUGCUUAAUCAGUUAAUCUAUUCUGUGGUAAAUCUUGGAGCUGUUGAGUAUCGUUGAGAUGGGUUGGAUUCAACCUCUGUUGAACUAAAAACUGUCUUAAUUUUCUUUUUUGUGUAUAUGAAUUAUUUUUUUGUUACAAAGCCACUGUUACGUGCACAAUUGUAAUUUUACUCAUGUGUUGUGGUUGUAAAUAUUGAGAGUUGAAUCUUGUGCUUUACUUUUUAUUUAGUAUUUGCCUAUUUUGCUGGUAGCUUUAUUAUUUUUUUUUUUAAGAAAAACGUUCAUUGUUUUGUCAAUGUUAUUUGAACUUGAUACUAGGAGCCUCUUUCUAGGGCCUUUGCCUAGCUAGCAUGUCUUAACAUUGGUUCUUGUCUUGCAUAACUUUAGUAAUCUGUCUGUAUGUAACUUUAUUGCUCUGUAUGGCAUAAUCCUGUAUCCACAAACAUGGUAAUUUUGAUGCAGUUCUUUUACAGUGGUACAUAAUCCAAGGACUAGUGUAGAAUUAAGCUGAGUACAAGAUUGGGGGGCGGGGGCAGGGGUUUGUUCUUGGUAAUUUAGAUGUGAAAUCUCCACAGAGCUAUCAUGUGAAAUGAUAUAGGGCGGUUGUGCUACUGUAUAAUUGGGGAUAAUACCAGGAAUUUUAAUAAGAUUUUUGUAAAGAAUAUCCAGAAAAGUAGUGAACUUAUUUUCAGUAUGACAUAGAAAAACAAUGUGAAUAUUUAAGGUCUGUGACUAUAGUUAAACUUCACUAAGAAUUUGCAGAAUUGUUUUGAGAUGUGGGAAUAAAGGUAAUUUUGUUGAAUCUUUAUUGGUGCUAAUGAUGGACAGUUAAAAAGUAGCUAGUGUAUAUUGUUAUGGGUCAGUACUUAUUAGUACUUCCAAAAUUGAAAUGCUAUGUAUUCACUUUUCACUCUGUAAAUGUACUUCUUUACACUUAACUUUAUUUAUUAAAGGGCAGCCAGUUCUAAUUUUUACAGGAUUGUGUGAGCUAUUCAAACUCUUUAACCUCUGAACAGGAUAUUAAGCUUCCAGAACCACAAUGGGGGUAAAUAUGGAGAUUGAAAUUUCAUUUCCAUUAAAGGAAAAUUCUUAUUCAUA